UAUACCACUAACCAUGGAAGUCGAUGAUAUUCUCAGAAACUUCGACACCGAAGUUGGUCAACGCUCCCAGAAACCCAAGGUUGACUUGUACACUCUGCUAUCGCGUGUUAUGUUGAAUGAGAGAAUGGCUCCAGAAAUUCUACCUUACCAGAAAGAUCUACUAGAUGAGGUAUUGUCCAGGAUCACCAACCAGCAACAACUCUUGCUUGAUUCUCAUGAAUACGGAGACGUGAAUAUCGACUCAGGAAUCAUUACUAGUGACUAUAAAUUGCAGUUGAUGAUAAUGGAAACUGAUAUCGAGAGGUUAAGUUAUUUAGUAAGACUUUAUUUGAGAGUUAGGCUUUCAAAGCUUGAAACCUUCACCAUUCACUAUAUCAGACUUACGGGAGAACGUGAUGACACGAAAGCAACUCUUCUAUCAGAUGAAGAACAAGAGUACUUGACGAAGUACAUGGGUCUCUUACAGAGUCUUUACAAUAAUUCUAUAUUAAAAAAAAUCCCCAGAGAAUUAACCUACUUGGAUGAGGUUGAAUCAGAUAUCUCAAUGGUUACCACGCCCGAUGUGGAUGAGAUGGUAUUUAUCAAGGUGCUUCGAGAUGAGACUAUCACAAUUCCUCUUGAAGAUGAAGAUGAAUUACAGUUGGAGAAAGAUGCGGUGUUUGUGGUGAAAUAUGGUCUAAUUAGUGGAUAUUUGAACAUUGGUGAUGUUAUAUUGAUAUGACCUCCUAGAAAAGAAGUUCAUUACAGCCCCCAGGGCAUUCUAGGUUUUGUCCGUCAACAAACCAUUCUCUUAGACAUCCAAAGUGUCCUCUGUGUCCACAAUUUAAACUGACAACUACAUUCAACCCCUGACAUGGUUCAUUACAAUAAACACAAUUCAGUUGCUUACUCUUACACUGCUCGCAGUACCAGUAUCCAAAAACUUUUGUGUUUCCUUGGUUGAAUUUCAUCUUAGCUUCUUCAUUGACAAUUAAGCUGUUACAAUUUUGGCAAUAUAACUUCAAGGUGUCGGUGUGAUAUAAUGUAAGGAGUUUUUCUUGUAACUCUCUGGGAGAAUCAUUAAGAAUAUUCAUAGCAUUAACAUACAAUCUUUUUUUUUGAAGAAUCUCGAUGUAGAGAGACAACCACUCUAAACAAUAGUUGUUUUUGAGAAACCUUAGUCCCAACGAUUUGGUAAAGGGGAAAAACAAUAAACAUAAGGUAGAGCAGAAUAUAACGUCCCCUUGUAAAGUCGCAUGCUCCAAAGCCUUUUGCAACAAUUUAGUUAUAGUCCAUGGUACCUCUAGGUAAUUGCUAUCUUUAGGUUUCUCUUUGAUGCCUU